AUUCAGUUUCUUGCGACUCUUUGCGCGGUUAACUUCGGCGAUCGGUCGAGCAUGCGCGUCUUAUUUACUCGUAUCUGGAAAAUCAUAAGAGUAGGAAAUUAAGGCACAAGAAAAAAACCCGUCUCGCUAUAUUCGUCGACUGUGUUGUUGUUGCUGGUGUCUAUCUGUGUCUUUUGUCAAUGUUUUUAAACCCAAACUCAAGGGGAAGCCAUUUCGCCUUUCUUCUGAAAAUUUCUGAAAAAAAUAUGAAACAAAAUUGAAUUGAAAAUUCAAAAGUAAUAGAAUUGUGAGUGUGUGAAUAGUGAAGAUCCGUGAUCAUUGGAAUUGAUCAUCUGAAGAAUAAGAAACACGCGCUUAAAUCGAUUCCCCUUGCUUAUCAAGCACAUGCCCAUAUAUUAUACAAUCCACCAACAGUUUCUUACAAUCUGUUCAACCGCAAAAGUUGAAUGGAAUAAGUUUUAAUCUUUGCUUUUGCACGCUACGUGACAAUAAAUGAACAUGUUAAUCCUAAAACUACCAAAAAUGCUCUGCCAACUAUGGCUUUUAAUUCUGCUAUCACCCUUAACCCUACAAAGCCCGCAGUCUACGACGCAAUCGAAUGUAGAGUUGCUGGAAAACGAUUCGCGAUACAUCUCAUAUCAAGAUUUAAUGUCGACGGCGAAACGAUUUUACGAUCCCGAAACGAGUUGGUAUUCGGAAAUGCUGUUCGAUGUGGCCAGGAACCAAGUGAUAGUCGGCGCCAGAGACACCCUGUACCGUAUGUCUUUCGAUCUGGAGCCAAUGGAGCGGUCCAGCUGGGGGGCCACACCAUCGGAGAUUGCCCUGUGCCAGGCAAAAGGCCAGUUGGAGCGAUGGUGUCGCAACUAUGUGCGCGUGCUUCAUAGCUAUGGUGAGAACCAGCUGUACGCGUGUGGGACGAACGCCUUCCAGCCGAGCUGUUCGUGGCGCCAGAUGGAGAACCUUAACGUCACCGGUGUGGACAGCGGCGUGGUCAAGUGUCCAUUCCAUCCGCAGGCGAAUAGCACCAGUCUGCUUCAGGGCAAUGGCCAGCUGUUCGUGGGCAUAGCCACUGAUUUCUCUGGCAGUGAUGUGGCCAUCCUGCGAACAGGACUGCAGUCAAAUGAGCAUUUCCUCCGCACCAAGCAAUAUAAUAACAACUGGCUAAGUGGAGCCCAAUUCGUGGGAAGCUUCGAGGCUGGCAACUUUGUUUAUUUUCUGCUUCGCGAAUCGGCCGCCGAACACAUGAGCUGUGGCAAGGUGAUCUAUUCGAGAAUUGCCAGGGUCUGCAAAAAUGAUGUUGGCGGCGGUGGUCAGCUUUUGAGGGACAAUUGGACAUCGUUCCUUAAGGCACGCCUGAACUGUUCGCUUCCUGGCGAAUAUCCUUACUAUUUCGAUGAAAUCCAAGGCAUGACAUACGCCGAAUCCGAAUCCAUUCUCUAUGCCACAUUCAGAACCUCAGGAUCUAGCAUUUUCGGAUCGGCAGUCUGUGCUUAUAAUCUAAGCUCCAUCAAUGAAGCCUUCGAUGGUGCCUUUAAAGUCCAGGAUCAUGCAGAUGCCGCCUGGAAGAAAGUGAACACCAAUCAGCGCAGUCAGUUCCAGUGCGGAAAGAGUAAUUUUGGCCACUGGCUGGAGAGUUCGCGCUAUCAGCUGAUGGAUGAGGCAGUGCAGCCAAUUGAUGCCCAACCGUUGUACCACUCCAAGCUGGAACAGUUUGGCCGCCUGGCAUUGGACAUCAUAAAUACAAAGACUGAACAGAUUCAUGUACUCUUUGUGGCCAGCAGUGGGAAUCAUAUCAAGAAGUUAUCCGUGAAGUAUGGCAGCGAAGGAGUACAGACAUGUCUGGUGGAGUUUUGGCAGGCAGACGAUACUGGGAGCAGUGCUCUGUUGAAUAUGGCCUACUUGAAGGUCACCGAUUCUCUGUAUUUGGGCACAGAUCUAGCCCUUACCCGAAUUCCCGCCCAGCACUGCAGUCGUCAUGUUUCACAGUCUAGUUGCCUCAAUUCCAUGGAUCCUUACUGCGGCUGGAACGAGCUGGUGGAGCGAUGCAUGCCCCAGCCACAGGACUCCUCUGUUUUGCAGCACUGGCAUCAGGCGCCACAGAUCACAUGUCCGGUAUUGAAUGCCCCCAUCGAUGGUGGAUGGUCCACUUGGAGCUCCUGGGCCGUUUGCCAACAGAGCGAGCAGCCGGACAGCAAUUGCCAGUGCCGGCAGCGAAGUUGCAAUAAUCCUCAGCCGCAACAUGGAGGAGCCACUUGCGAAGGAAUCAGCACUCAAGUUUCCAACUGCACACAGCAUGGCGGCUGGACAGAGUGGUCAGCAUGGUCCCCAUGCUCUCAGACUUGCGGCAUUGCCGUUAAGAUUCGACGACGAACUUGUGGAAAUCCCCGUCCGGCUUUUGGUGGACGUACCUGUGUCGGCUCGGAGCAGUCAGAGAUGUACUGUCGCCACUUGCCACCGUGUCCGGUGGCCAAGCCUCAGUCCGUGGACGGCGGUUGGGGACCGUGGGGCGAGUGGAGUGAGUGUAGUGCCCAGUGCGGUGGUGGUUUUCGGAUGCGUCGACGUGAGUGUAAUGAUCCGGCUCCGUUAAAUGGCGGAAUGGAGUGUCCGGGUUGUCGGUUGGAUUACGAAGAGUGCAACAUGCAGAGCUGUCAGGAGGUGCGGAAACUAACUGCCUGGACGCCGUGGCUAACGGUGACCGGAAAUGGGAGCUCAAGUGAACCGCACACGGAGCGUCGGUUCCGUUAUGUCUGCCGUGCCACCAGUCCGGAUGCAAGCUCCGUAAGAGUUGGCUUGGCCAGGGAGGAGUCACGUAAUUGUCAUGCAGAUGGAACCUGCCAGCGGCAAGGUGAUCACGAUACACAGGAUUCGGAUGCGGCCGACUGGUCACCGUGCAGUGUCAGUUGUGGUGGUGGAACCCAGCAACGCCAACGGGGACGUGGCACUAGCCAGAGUCGUGUCUGCAAUCUGCAAGCCUGUCCUGCGGAUGACCAACAACUUGGCAGUAACAGUCUGGACAACGAGGUGGAACACGGAGAGUGGGGCUGCUGGUCGGAGUGGUCUGCCUGUUCGGUCACCUGCGGUCUGGGACUACGCCGAAGGACACGACGUUGCCUUUCGGGUCACGAAAGGCUCUGCCAGGGCCGUGCUCUCGAGGAGCAGAAGUGUGAAAUGGUGCCUUGCGAAGAUUUCCUCGGCUGGAGUGUCUGGAGUGAGUGGUCCGCUUGUUCUAGCGAUGGCAUCCGACUGAGGCAUCGCCGCUGCCUGGUGGAACAGCCCGGUUCGAUGGAGUGCCGUGGUGCCGAGUUCGAGAAGACCGCCUGUGUUCCAAAUGAAUGCAAUGAAACCCAGACAGCCUCAUCUGCUACUGUGACCAUCGUGAUCUUCGUUUGCCUGCUGUUUACUGUGGCCUGCUGCCUGGCCACCUAUCGAUUUGCCAAGAAACGAUUCCUGCUCAGUGCCGAGGAGGCCUUGAACAAAACCACCACAACAACAGCCAGCUUCGACACGUAUCCCAAUCAGUAUUCCAGCCUGCCCACCAAGGAUUACUAUGACCAGCGACCUAAGCGGCAGUCCAGCUUCCGAAUGCCGGCCAAGACUAGUAACUUGGGUAAUGGCAAUGGAACACUCAAUCGCAACAAUAUGCAUCACAAUAAUACGCCCAAAGUUUUGGCCAAAACCUAUAACGAUUGCGAAACGGGAACGCUGAAACGACAAACGGCUUUGAAUAAUUGCCGGAGCAACAUCGAUGACGAGAAGUUCUAGGAAAGCUGCCAUUCUCGUCACCACCAAGUGCCAUCUUUAUUAUUAUUUUUUUUUGAUUUGGACAUGUCUUUGGAAACGAUUACACACGAUAAACAAAAGUUUAAAAGUUUUUGCACCGAAUCGCGAUGCAGAUGCAAAAUGUUCCUUUCUUGACUCACAUUGAGUCGUUUUCAGUUAAGCUAAUUGAGGUAGUUGAUGGACCUAAGUAGUUUUAGCUUGUAAUAUGUAGCUGAUUAAGCAUUUAGUCUAUCUAGGGUUAAGUUUUAAAAGUAUUUUAGUUUGAUUUAAAUAUUCAUUUUCGCAUUUUGUAUUGUAGAUAACGUCAUUUGAAAUUGUUGUAAAAUUCGUUUUAGUUUUUAUGAUAUGGCCCCAACGAGCGAGACUGACCGUUAAUAUUUGUUUAGAAAAUUUGCUUAAAUUACCCAAAUUAAUGCCAUGCAGCGAAAGAUUAAAUGUUUAAUUAUAGUUAUUUGUAAUAUUAUAAAUUUAAUUUAUCAUAUUGUAUAGAGUGCGAACUGACAUAGUCGAUGCUGUAAAGUAAAGAUAAAUAAGCCGAUAAAAUAAAUACAGUUUUACUAACCAA